AUGAUCUCUGAAGGUGAUUGGAAUUAUGACGAAACUGUUGUGAAAAACCUGGGACAAAAGUAUCUGAAGAGUUAUGCAGAGUUUAUUGAAGCUUUUGAUGCCAAACUUGGAAAGAAGAUUCCCAAUGAUCUUAAUUAUUUAUGGGAUUUUACCCUUAAGCCACUUUAUUUGCAAGUGGCACCUUAUGAGAGUAUAGACCUCAUGGACCUUGUGAAAACAGACAACAAAAGCCUAAACAAAGUUAUCCUGGUGUUAUCAUCACUUUGCCUUGAGGUAUCACAUCUCAAACAGCAACUUUUUGAGAACUUUAUACCUUCGUUGCUUAUGUAUGGUGAAAGGACUGAUUGUGAUUCUCUUGCAAAGGGAGAAGCUCAGCUUAUGAUAGGUCGGAUACUACCAUUGUUACAAGAAAUUCGAUGUUUCAUUUCCAGAUCAAAGGAAGUUGCCAAAAACAUUGUGUGCCAGCUUGAUAUCCUGUAUGGUCAAGAGAAGGUUGCCCAAUCUAUAGUCACCAAGGAUGUUCAUUUUCUGACUGUAUUUGAAUCACUGGGAACACUCUUUACCCUUCAGGUUGUCUUAGAUGAAAUCAUUGAAAAUAGCCACUUAUUAAAUGAACAUUGGACACUUUAUAGGUCGAUCCUACGGUCUGUGCAUAAGUCUGAGCAAUUUAACUUUGAAGAAAAGAAGUUAAGGACUUUUGAGAGGUUACUUUCAGCAUUAGAGAUAGAAUUGUUUGAUGGCCACAUAUUCCAGAAUUGUAUGAAGCAGAAGCUGCCCCAGUUGUCCAAUGGGUUUCAAACUGAGCUGUCAUAUGCAACAGCAAACCUCCUGUCAACUUAUGAUGCUGCAACGGCUUCUUCAAAAGAUGAAGAGAUACAGUUGGCUUUAUUAUCUCCAGUGACUCUUUUUAUUUUUCAUAGCUCUAUUUUCCAUGUUCAAGACAGAAAAACUUUCCGGCAAAUAUGGGAUUUGCACAAAAGAAUACCAUUCAUUCAAGUAGCUGGGCCAGUUAUGCUUCCUCUUACCAGUUUUUUGAAGAGAAGUCUACCAUUUUCAGGUAAAUUUGUCGACAAGAAGAUGGAUGCCGCUGUUGUAACAUCUCGUCAGGGAUUCCUACAAAACACGACACAAAAUCUUUUAAAAGAUGUUGAAACUUAUAAAAGUCAGGUUUCUGCCUGGUGCUCUGAGGUUGUCGACAGCUCUGUGAGCAGUGGCAGUGGAACUGUUCAGGCUGGCCUAGAAAAAGUGUGUGGCUUGAUAAUAAAUGGUUUGGUCAUUGCAAAAAAUGUUUCCUCUCUUGUAACAAUGAUAAUGAACAUGCACUACACCUUAUCAAAGCCGAUAACAAAGAAUUCUGUCCUCUGCUGUAUUGAGUUGAUCCAGCUCCUCAAGACUAUUGAAUGUAUGUUCCACGAAAAAGAGGAAGUUUUUGCCAUGACCUCUUCACAUUUGAUACAGCAGUUUUCCUUAAAAAUUCUCAAUUGCAUUGACACUUUGAAGAAGAAGCUCACACAAGAUAAGCGAUAUUCUGACUCAAGCCUUGAUAUAAUUGCUUCAUUCAAUCUGAUUGCACACUGUAUGAAUGGUUGUUGCAAUGGUCCUCGAAAAACCAUUUGCAAACUUGCUAUAGAGGUGGCAAGGCAAGGCAAAGCAUUGAACUCUGAUGAUAACAUGAUGUUCGUGAAUAUAUUCAGGAGGAUUGAAGUUGUAACAGAGUAUCAGUCCAAAGUUAGAGCAGCCUGUGACACCUCUUUUGUGUACUGGCAUAGAUCCAUUGCACCAGUGUACUUUUCCCAUGUGUUCAACAAUCCAACCCUUGCACCCAAUUUGCAGUACUUUUUUGCAGGACUGGCAGAUUGUCAUCACCAAAUAUCUCUAAUGAAACAUCUUAGUGCUGAAACUGAUAAUCUUGCAUUGUUGGAAAAAGAUAUAAAAGACCACUUUGAACAAGAAAUUCUGUUGCCACUCUGCACCGAAAUCGAGACAGAUCUCAGACUAUCUACUCACUCUCAUUUGCAAUUAGAUGACAGAAACCCUCUGAAGUAUGGCAAAAAGAACAUUUCAUCAUUAUUGGCUACUCCACCUAUAAGGUUUUUUGAUUCUUACAUGGACAUAAAGAAGCACGUCACUCAUUAUUUGGACUCAACAUUUUACAACUUGACUACUGUAGCACUGCAUGACUGGCGAUCUUAUGCUGUGAUGAGAAACCUUGCUCAUCAGAAAUAUGGAUUACAAAUGAUUGAAGCUCACCUUCCAAGCCAAACUAUAGAACAAGGUAUUGAUGUUCUAGAGAUAAUGAGAAACAUCCACGUGUUUGUCUCUCGCUAUUCGUACAACUUAAACAACCAACUAUUUGUAGAGCAGUCCAGUAACAACAAGCACCUCAACACCAUUAACAUCAGACACAUUGCCAACUCUAUUCGUACUCACGGAACAGGUAUCAUGAACACCACGAUCAAUUUCACUUUUCAGUAUUUGAGGAAAAAGUUCUUCGUGUUCUCUCAGUUUCUGUACGAUGACCACAUCUAUUCGAGACUUGUUAAAGAUGCUCGUUUCUUUAAAGAACAGAAAGAGGACCUUGACCAGUGUUAUCCAUACGAAAGAGCUGAUAAGUUUAACAGAGGAAUCAGAAAGUUAGGACUAACUCCUGAAGGACUUUCAUUCCUGGAUCAGUUCAGAAUUCUAAUUACACACAUUGGAAAUGCAAUGGGUUACAUCAGAAUGAUAAGAUCGGGUGGAAUUCAUUCGUGUGCCAGUGCUAUCAGGUACGUUCCUGAUCUUGAUGACAUUGUCAAUCUUGAAGAGCUGACCAAAGAGGAAGAGCUGCCAUCAGAUACAGUUCAAGCUGCUGCAAUAUUAGACAGUGUCCUUGAAAAUCUUACAAAAAACUUUGCGGAGGGGACAGCAUAUUUCAAGAUGCUUGUAGAUGUCUUUACAAAGUCGAUGAGGGAUUCAAAGAACCAACAUCUUAAGAAUUUCUACAUGAUCAUCCCGCCUCUAACUCUCAACUUUGUGGAGCAAAUGAUGAAUGGCAAGGAAAAGAUAAAUAAGAAAAAUAAGGUUGGGGCCACUUUCACCGAUGACGGUUUCAGUAUGGGCAUUGCUUAUAUUCUGAAACUCUUGGAUCAGUACUCAGCAUUCGAUUCCCUACACUGGUUUCAAAGUGUCAAUGCUAAAUUCAGCAGCGAGGAAAAGGCUGUAAAAGAUAGUAGACGGAAAGAAACCGACAUUAAACUUGAUCAAACUAAUACUUUAACCAUGAAACGUCUUGACCAGUAUCGGCAAGAGUUUGAACUUUUGUACUACUCCCUCAGCAGUGCACGGAUUUUCUUCCGAACAGACCUUGAAGAUUUGCCAAUAGAAGUGACUAAAACUCCUGUUGAAGCGACUGUAUCUCCAGACACAUGA